GAGAGGAGUUUGACUUGGCGUCUGAUUCAAGCUUCUUUCUCUUUCCUUUUGGUGCUGCAGCUGCCGCUGAUGCUGCUAUACAAAAAUACAAAAUACAAAUACUAUUAUAUUAUUAUUAUUAUUAUACACACUUUGUUUUCUUCUCUCUCUCUCUCUCAAACUCAAACUCAAACAAUGGGCUGUGCUGGAUCCUCACAGGCCAAACCAGACGGGACUGCAAAAAAGAUCCGGAAGCCAAAACCUUGGAAGCAUCCUCAACCAAUAACCAAGACUCAGCUUAUGCAGUUGCGAGAUGAGUUUUGGGACACUGCUCCUCACUAUGGUGGUAGAAAAGAGAUUUGGGAUGCACUGCGAGCUGCUGCUGAAGCUGACUUAAGCCUUGCACAAGCUAUUGUGGACAGUGCGGGGGUCAUAGUUCAAAGUGCUGAUUUGACAAUCUGCUAUGAUGAAAGAGGUGCAAAAUAUGAACUACCCAAAUAUGUUUUGAGUGAGCCGACCAACUUGAUUCGAGAAAGUUAAUACCAGAGAGGAUACAUAGCACCAUUUGUGCACAAAGAUUGAAUGUAAAUCAUGUAUAUUAUUCUCUCAUUCUCUUUUAAUCUUUCAGUCUUACUUUUAAUUAUGCCUUCCAUUUGCAUUCACUCUGGACUUCUCUUAGCUUCUUGUAAGUUUCUUGGUUAAUUGAAUGGAAAUGCAACUUGUUGGCUUU